GCCGGAGCCCGCCGGCGGGGUGCGCAGCAUCUACCCGCAGCGGCCGGGCCGCAACGACGGCAACAUCUACGUGGGCACCACGCGCAACAACAUCCUCGAGGGCUCCCUGCAGCGCCGCUUCAACCAGAUCGUGUUCGGGCACUCGCGGCAGCUGUGGGCGCUGGCGGUGCACCCGGACGACGAGCUGUUCGCCACCGGUGGCCACGACAAGAACAUCGCCCUCUGGCGCCGGAACAAGCUCGUCUGGACCACGCAGGUGGCGUACGAAGUGGUGUCGCUCUCCUUCCACCCGUUCGGCGUGGCGUUAGCCGCGGGCAGCACCGAGGGCCACCUCAUCGUGCUCAACGCGGAGUCGGGGCAGCCCGUGGCCACGGUGCGGGUGUGCGGCUCCCCGCUCAGCUGCGUCGCCUACAACCC